AUGAAAGGCAUUAAGAAAAGUCUUACAGAAGAACACCUAUACUUGGACUUUUCUCACCAAAUAGAAGGAUGCAUCUUUCCUCUUCAUACAUCUGUAACUUUGUUUUUGUUGUCAUACUGUGACUGCAAAAUCUUUAAAGUUUGCUUAGUCCUCACUGGAGCAAGUACGGAUAUUUCACUAAAAAAUGUAGUGCUCCAGGAUGUUGAACUACAAAUUAUUUCAAGACAAGAGCUUCCACCAAUAGUCCAGAAUUGCUGUUUACCUGCAGUAGUGGAAAAACCAGACAAUUUCUGUAGAGCAGGACUUGCUGUCGUCCUGAGACACAUAAUCCAGAAAUCGUACGAAGCUGACCCUUCCAAGAAGGAAAUUUUGGAACUUUUGGGUUUUAAGAAGACUUGCUUGAAAGCCUGUGCCGAAGUUAGUCAGUGGACCAGGCUAUGCGAACUCACCAUCCCUUUAGCUAUUGAGAAUUUUCUCAAAGAAUUUUCUGACCAGCACCCAGCUAUCCCCGUGGAAAUACUACAGUUAGAGAAAAAGCUUAGCGAGCCCGUUAGAGUGCAUAACGAUGACAAACUCCGUCGGCAGAAGCUGAAGCAACAGAAGGCUGCUGGGGUUGGGCCUUUCCUUGCUAAGGAAAAAACAAAGAGCAAGGUGCAUAGACAAGAAACGUCUGAAGAGUUGGACUCUUCAUCUGAGAGCCUGGAACUGAAGGUGGCAUUCUCAAAGCUCACAGUCCUCGAAGAACCAGCUACCACCAACAGGGAGCCUUCUCAUAUCAGAAAAGCAAAAGCCUCUGACCUUCCACCUCUGGAGCAUGUGUUUGCAGAGGGCUUGUACUUCACUUUGGCAGAUAUCGUGCUCUUGCCCUGUAUCCAUCAUUUUUUGGUAAUUAUCUGCAAGAAACUUUCUGAAAAGCUGAUGGAAUUUCCACUGCUCGCUGCUUGGUACCAGAGGAUUCAGGAAGUGCCAAGAGUAAAAACAGCAGCUUCUCAGUGUGGGAUCCAGUUUCUCCAUUUACCAGAGUUGCUGACCACCUCAAAUGAACAAGAUUCAAACUUAAGUGAGGUUCCAGGUGUAGAGGAGCAAAAUGAUGCUUCAUUUAUAGGAGGACCAAGACCCACUAUGACCAAGUUAAUGGAAAAAGGCAUUGAAGUGGUGUUUUCUCCCCACCCUUGCCCUACUUGGACUCUUGAUUGGAAUAGUCUUCCGGCAGCAGUGAGCCCAAAGGAAGGUAAAAUGUCCAGUGAUCGAGCUUUGAGGAAGCAGCAGCAGUUAAACAACCUUGUUUAUGUCGUGGCAAAUCAGGCCAAACCUGGUGACAGAAUUGUGGAUUUCUGCAGCGGCGGGGGCCAUGUUGGAAUUGUCCUUGCUCACAUACUGCCAUCAUGCCAGGUUACAUUAAUAGAAAACAAGGAAUUAUCAUUAAUUCGUGCUAAGAAGAGAAGUGAUGAACUAGGUUUAAGCAACAUUUGGUUCAUUCAAGCAAAUAUGGAGUAUUUUACAGGGAUGUUUAAUAUUGGGGUGGCACUGCAUGCUUGUGGAGUGGCAACAGACAUGGUGAUUGAGCACUGCAUCAAAACACGGGCUUCCUUUGUCACAUGCCCUUGCUGUUAUGGUUUCAUUCAGAACACCUCAAAAUUUAAUUUUCCCAAAAGUGAACAAUUCAAGAAAACUUUAUCAUACAAGGAACACAUGAUUCUGUGUAGAUUUGCGGAUCAGACAGCUGUCCAGCUUCCACCCCAACGAAGACUUGUAGGAAAACAGUGCAUGUGCCUAGUGGAUCUGGAUCGAGCAAGAGCUGCAGAAGAAUGUGGUUACUCCGUUCAAGUAAUAUCCAUGGAGCCAGAGAGCUGCUCUCCCAAAAAUAACAUGAUCGUGGGAGUCCCCAUUUAG